AUGCAAAAAGAAGUGCCUUAAAUUAGUUGUAAUUUUUUCCAAAAACAAAGAAGUUAUACAUAAAUACCUUUAAAUUAAUAGCCAAAUCAAACAGCAAAAUAAUAACUUUUAUCUGACCAAUUCAAAGAAACAAGUAAGUUUGUUUCUAAUAAUCCAUCCAUUUGUGCUGAUAAAACAACAUGGAGAGCUCAUGAUGACACUAUAAAUGUACUCGAAUUUUUCGAAAAGAAUAAAAUAGCCACAGGCUCAGAAGACGCAAAAAUAAAAAUAUGGGAAAAAAGCGAAUUUAAGCUUAUAUAAACACUAGAAGGUCAUACAUAAGGCAUAAAAGUUCUAAAAUAUGACCAAUCAUCGCGCAUACUAGCAUCAGGAGGUAAAGAUAAGUAAAUCUUAAUAUGGAGACCAAUUCCUUUAUGGGAAAAAAUUCACAUAUUAAAUGGCCAUUCGUAAAAAAUAACAUGCCUAUAAUUCCAAAACGAAAAAACAUUAAUCUCAGGAAGUGAAGACGGGAAUUUAAUCAUAUGGGAUAUCGAAAAAGGGAACGGUAAAAGAAAACUGGAGCAACAUAAUGGAAAAAUAAACGAUUUUAUAAUCUAUAAUGAAAAAAAUUAACCUGCCAUAGUUACAGCUUCUGAUGAUAGCUUUUUGAGAAUUUGGGAUGGUUUAAGUUUAGAUUAAUUAGAGGAAAUUUAAGAGGAAGAUUAUAAAAUUGUAUGCUUUGAUUAUAAUUUAAUUUAUGAUUUGUUAGUUUAUGUGUGUAUGAAGGAUGGUGUUAGUAAAGUUUGGGUUUAUUCGGUUGGAAAAUAAAAAAAAAUAAUAAAGCAUAUAAAUAUAUUAGAUGAUUUCUCAUAUAUUAAAUAAAAUCAAAAACAAAAAUAUUUAAAUUAUGACACAUAUUGA